AGUCACUGUAGCCACUGUGUCAAGAUGGCGUCGCCCUAUGACAGUAUUAAUCAGCUUGUCAAUGAAAAUGCUUAUGAAGAGUUUAUGACUGCUUCCAAAAUAUUAAUUAAGUUUGCUGUUAACAUUUUAGAAAAUCCCUCUGAAUCAAAAUACAGGCGGAUUCGCAUUUCAAAUCCCACUAUACAAAAUAAAUUAUUAAAUGUUGCUGGAGGAAUGGAAUGUUUGUUUGAAAUGGGAUUUCAAGAGGCGGAGGUAACCUAACCGUACUUGACUUUAUAAAAGUAAUUUAACUCACGGUUUAUGAUGAUAAGUGAGUCAAAGAUUUCACAUCAUUCGUCAUAUGUAAUCUAUAAGGUCAAUUUAUGCAUUCCGCACCACUUUGAGAUUCUGUGUGGAAUUCUGUCUACUUUUGUUUAUUAUUAAUUUGGUACUCCGCCGAAGCAAAGGACACGCCUGGUAAAUUUGUAUCGGAAGUGGGCAUCGGCAAUAGAAUCCGAGUUUUUAAUUUUUUCAUGUGCAUGUAAUUUGAAUAAAUUAGGAGUCCUUUUGGCCCAUAAUUAAGGUCUGACUCCACCCAUUAACGUUAGGAGAAAGGCAGUGUCUACACGUCCGGCGCGCCGGACGUCUAUCUCCCGCACUAUGUGUCCGGCGACCAAGUCACAUGACCGCCGUAACAAAGUGGCGAGAGAUAUCGUGUCGGUCAGCCUUGUCACGUGACUGCGAAUAAUUCAAAACUAUUGUUAAUUUUAAAAUCUAUUUCUCUACCAAGUAAUGUACUGAGUAUCUUGAAUGCAAAUAAUAGAAAAAGAAACUUAAGUGAAAGUGGCUUGUAAACAUUUUUGUUUAGUUUGUUAUUUUUUGUGUACCAGUAAUCCAUAAAAUAAAUUAGGGGCCAGUGUGGCAACCAAUAAAAGUUAAAGAUUUCAUUUUAAAUUAUUUCAAUUGCUACAAAAUAUUUAAAAACUUCUCAUGAAACUACUGUUGCUGAGGAACAUGAUAAUAUAAAUAUAUACAAAAUAUUUUAACUAAAAUGGGAAGAAAAAAAACGACCCUAUCACCGGUAUAGAUCCUCAAACAUUCCUAUCGUCAAGCAACCACUCUACCACAAGACCAGACAAGAUGUACUAAAUCGUACUUCGUUUGGAAUUAUAAAAACUACUAGCCGUCCGGCCAUGUCCGGCGGUCACGUUACAAGUCGCCGGACGUGUAUCUUGCGCACUACACGUCCGGCGCGCCGGACGUGUAGACACUUCGUAGGAGAAAUGUUGAACUACAUUCCCAUUGAGUUAUUGAGUUAAUUUUUUCUUUACAUCAACGUUAAGUAAGGAAAAACGUAUGCCAAUAUAAGGCAUCUUCGCAUUAAAAAAUUCGGUCUAAAUAUUCAAAGUAGUUCUUUCAUAUUAAAAGUAGGCCUGCAUUAUAAUUUGUUGAAGUACGUCAUGUGUGCAAAAUUUCAUUGAGAUAGCUCAUGAAACAUUUUCUCAAUUCUCCUCAACGUUGACCUCAUUAUGCAAAGGUCGCACAGGCCAUUUUGGAUUAGUGAUCCCGCCUCAUUUUAAAUGGCGGAAAACGCAGAUACUUAGCUUAGGAAAUAUUCAUUAUCUCUAUAGACAUCAAAAUAUUCGAUAACUUGUGUUUCAGAAUGCAUUUUGAAGACAUUUAAACUAGAAUUUUUAAAUUUGAGCUUUAAAAACUCAGUAGAGUCCAUAUUAUUAGCGAUCAGAAUUGACCGUGUGCAAAAAGUCAUGGGAAACCGUUCACAGCCAUUUGCAUAAUGCUAUGCCGUAGUACUACAGACUACGGUACCUCAAGUUUCAUUCAUAAGAGUUUGCCGUGUGCAAAAACUAUUAACACCAUUGGUCAGGGAAAGCUUAAUUAACUAGUCAUGUGCCAAAUUUGAAAGUUCAAAAUAAGUAGAUACCAAACAACAUUUUAAGGGGUGCAUUGCCUUAUAUAGACUAUAUAGCAUAUACCAGUAUAAUGGACAUUAUAUUAAAUUUACCGAUAUAAAUAGUGCAUAGUUAGAUAAGCUGCAAUUUAUCUAUAAUGGUUAACAUUAUUAAACUUAUUUUUUUUAAUACAGCAUUAGUUCUGAAAAUAAAAUUAUCAUUAAAACAAGAGUUAUAUAGCUCGUGACGUGAACAGCGGAAUUGGGUACCAGAAAAUGGAGAUGCGGUCCAUGUUAAAAAAGGACAAAUUAAGUCCUACUUUAAAAAUUCAUAACUUUAAAACUACAAUAGCUAAAAAUAUGAUUUUGGUGUUAUAAUCUUUUAAAAAAUUAGCUUUAUUCAACUAUGCCAAUGGUUUAUUUUUACAAUAAGUUUUAAUUUUCUAAUCAAAGUACCUAUAUUAAUUUUAUUAAUAUAAUUAUUGUUUAAUAUUAAUUGUAACUAUUUCGUUAUUUAACGGACAAAUUGGAUGCUUGCGGGCCGUAUGUUGUUCAGGCCUGCGCUAGAUAUGUGGAAAGAAGUGACAAUGACCUGCGGUCACUCCCUUCCCUCAACUAAAACGUGUGUGCUACAGUUAUACACUGUAGUAGAAAAACAGUGCAAAAUAAUUUUUUAAUAAUGAAAACCCAAUUUAGAGUUUCAUAGAAUACACUUUUACACACUUAAUUGCAGGUUCCACCAAAAAUAAAAUCCAAAAGUUGUCAGAAAAAUCAAUACAAUACGGUACCGAUUAGCCAAAAAAGAAAAUUUAAAUAUUACAAUCAACUACCCAAUGAAACUGUAAUUAAAACAUUUCAUUGACUUAUUAUUAUUUUUAAUAAAAGGAAAAUUAACUCUAGUUACAAUCCAAUAAUAAAAAGACCCAGAGAAAAUCCGACACUGAAACUCAUAGUGGCGCCCCGAAGUAACAUUAGCCAUGUGCUUCUGUUAAUGUUAACUUUAUGUUAUGACGACUUACGUUUUUAGUGUUAAAGACAUUAAUAAGUAGGCACUUCGGUUACAGUGAGAAAAACCUGAAUAUAGCGUUCUGUAAAUUCGUUGUCAGACAUUUAACCUUCACUUUUUUAAUUGACUCAGGGUGAGGUUUUUUAAAAAAAAUUUUGUAGUAAAUUAUAGAUUUUACUUUACACUGAACCGAAAAGAAUAAAAAGUCAUUAUUUUUUACAGGAAACUUUUUUUUUUUUUAAAUAAAAAAAAAAAAAAAAUUUGAUCUUUUAAAAUUGAAGGUAAAAAAGGUUAACUUUACAAAUUAUCUGACUCCUGCCUAAGCUACUUAAAUAAAAACUUCCCCUCCUGCCUAAGCAAAGGGGCAUAACUCUUUUUUAAAAAUGUAUAUGUAAUUUUUAUUUUUUUAAAUUUUAAAAUAAACAAGCAAUGUCAUUGUUAUUAAAUUUUUAUUAAAUAUGAAAAUUAAUUAAAUAUUAUAUUCAUGAUUAAAAAAAAAACUGUUAUUUAGAAAAUAACCUGUUAAUUAUAAUAUCUGAAGUUAACUAUCCCUGCAUUUUCAAAAGGCUGCGGCUUGGUCAGAGAAGUUAGAGUUUGGUUAUACCGGUAUUAAAAAAAACUUAAAAAUUAUUGUAGGGUUUGUAAGAUAAAUUUUGGUGUCAAAUGAAAGAUAAUUGAAUGGACUAUAUGUUUGUAAACUCACUUCUUAAGUUUAAUGAAAAUAAACUACUACAAAUGACAUCCAAAUAGCAUUUAGUCAAAAUGGAACGGGAAACGCAUCGCCACUAUUUGGACCCAGGUCCCUUUAGACUCAAUGCUAUUCGGAUAUCACUUUUGGUAGCUUAUUUCAGUUAAAUUGAAGAAAUAAGUUUACUUGGUGAAAGAGUGUCAUGUGUGGCCAUCCGCCUGUCAUGCCACAAUCUGGCAUUGUCGGCAUGAGCUGGUGGGAUAAUGGGAGGCGAAAGAAGGAGGGGGGGGGGGGGGGGGGCCUCAUGGCAGUCAACCUGUAUAAAAAGAAUGUGUGUAUUUAGUUGAUCAUGUCUUCUAUGGCUGUAAAUAUGUCAAACAAUGAGUGUAGAGCAUGUGUGAGAAUGUCAGAAACUAUGUCAAGCAAUGGGUGCAGAGCAUGUGUGAGAUUGUCAGAAACUAUGUCAAACAAAGGGACCAUUUUAGGCUAUUUAAUUUGUCUUUAUGGCGUCCAUGUUUGUCGGCACAUUACCUAUUAUUGAAAGCGGAUUUGGGGUGGUUAAUAAAUUCAUUUAAUGGGUCAUCCAGAAUAUAAAUUGGAAAGAUAAAUAAUAAUUAAUUUUAAUUGUUUUGAAUCAAAAUAAUUAAUUUUAACAUAAAUUAAUUGGCUGAUCAGUGGUUUAAAUUUUGGAUUGGUUGCCACGGAUGGAUAAACAUUUUUACUUCAUUUAAAUAGGCUCACAUUUUAUUUUAAAGAAUAUAUAUUAAGCUGAUUAUAAUAGUUUUAUAAUAAUGUAAGGCUCAAAUGACAUCCAACAAAAUCAAACUUUGGUUUCUUCAGUUCAAUGAAACAAAAAUAAUAUUAAAUCUACAAUAACUUAAAUAAAGUUACAAGCUUUAAAUUAAAGUUUUUGUUUGUGGGGCUUGCAUCUUGAUUGUAAUUGUGUGAGAAUCGCUGACAAUGUGGAUGUUUUUUUUCUCUUUUAUUAAUACAAAUAAUUGCAUGAUUUAAAAAAAAAUUAAUGUGUUGCACACCACACCAAAUUUAAGCUUUGUAUCUUUAACAUUUAAUAAGUUAUGUUUCUUUUGCUAUAAAAAAUGUGUUCUUUAAUGAAUUUAUUAAGGGAAAAAAAUAGGAGAUUGAUGUUCAAUUAUUUUAUUUCAAAAAUCAGCAAAUUAUGUAAAUAGGACAUUUUUAUAUUGAGAAAUAUGCAAGACACAUGGGUAAUGAGCAGAAAAGUGGAUAGAAAAUACAGGAAAACUCAUUUGAGGUCUGCUCUAAAGAAUUCAUAACUUUUGAACCACUUGAGCUAGAAAGCUGAUCUAGGUUGUUUUUUUGUUGUAAAUCAUUAUAUAAAUUAUAUUGGCUCUAUUCAACUGUACUAUUUUAGAAAUAUUUGGAAAAUUUCACCAAAGUACCUACAUUUGAGUUAAAGUCAUUGCACUUGAAGAGUUUCUCAGUAAAGAUGUUCAUCCUCACCUUAGCGCAGUGAUUUCGGAGAGUAUUAGUAUUUGGGAGAAUGAAAACUAGCGGUAAAGGCAGGAGCAGGUUAAAUAUUAAUUUGACAACAAACUAAAAAAUGAUGUCCUCUGCCUUUUUUUUUCUUCAUUAUUUCGAAUUAUAAAUUCAUUUCAGGAUGGUGAGUGUCUGAUGUUACCAAACACUGCCAGUUUGCUUACCUUAAAAAGAAUGAAAGAAGACUUGAGCAGAUCAAGAGAGAAGUUAGAGUCACCGAAUCAAAGUGUAAAAAGCAGUAAUCAGUCAACACUAUUGGGUGCCGUUGGGGGUGUAGGUACUGUUGGGGGUGAGGGUGCUGUUGGUGUGGUUGCCUCACAGCCCCGGAAUCACACCCAGACAAGCAGAUUAGCUCAGUCGUAUUUGGUAAGUAAGAGUUUUAAGAAUCUUAAGUUUAACUAGAGUCUAAACCUUUUUUUUUUUUUUGGUCACCUCUUUAGUUGAGCAUAAACUGAAAUUGAAAAAAAUUUAAGGCUCGUAUACAUUUAUUUCUAGAAUUCAACAAUUAUUCAUACAGCUCAGUAGUAACAGUCUUGUACCAAUAUUUAUUGAGACUUUUAAAUUAAAAUGAUAUGUUAUUCCUAUUCAGGAAACUGAGGCAGCUUUUUUGAGUAGAUUAAAAGAUGGAAUGAGGCGUGUUAUGAAUUAUGAAAAGCCAGAACUACAACAGAAAGCCAGAAACAUUAUUCCUUGUGAACAACUUCAAUCAGAAGCUCGAUUAAAGUAUGAAGCUAACGCUAGGCCCUCACCAAAUCUGGACAUUAGGGAUUAUUUACUGCUGUCAUUGCUUCAUUGGUUUAAGACCUCAUUUUUUCACUGGGUCGACACAUUGCCUUGUUUUCGCUGUAAUGGUCAAACUCAAAACACUGGCUAUACAGCCCCAUCUGCCGAUGAUAUGCGGUGGGGUGCAAGUAGGGUAGAAUCUCACCAAUGUAAUGUCUGUGGACACACAAAUAGAUUUCCUCGGUACACUAAUGCUGAAAAAUUGCUGGAGACUUGUAGGGGAAGAUGUGGUGAAUGGGCAGAAUGCUUUACUUUGUGCUGCAGAGCUUUAGAUUUUGAGGCAAGGUAUGUCAUGGACUGGACAGACCAUGUGUGGACAGAAGUGUACUCAAACUCUCAGUCUCGUUGGUUGCACUGUGAUCCCUGUGAAAACAUAUGUGAUAAACCCCUUCUUUAUGAAUCGGGCUGGGGGAAAAAACUGACUUAUGUUAUUGCCAUGUCAAAAGAUGAAAUCCAGGAUGUUACUUGGCGUUAUGUUUUAAAACAUCAAGAAGUGUUGGCGAGGCGAACACUUUGUCGAGAGAAUUGGCUUCGUCGCACCAUUCAUCAGCUUUGGAAACAAAAAAUUUCAACUUUGACAGCAGAAAAACAAAAGCAGCUGUGGCAUAGAUUAAUUUGUGAGUUGACAGAAUUUAUCACGAUCAAGAAUGAAAAUACAGAACAUUUGCCCGGUCGUUCAACUGGCUCCUUAGUUUGGAGGGAAGCUCGUGGAGAGCUGGGAAGAAGUGCUCCUGGUCAACAAACUGUGCUAAAUAAUUUUGUUUUUCGCCCCACAGAAGCAGAACGUGAAUGUGAACUAAUUCAUGUAACUUACAAUUGUGCAACAGAUAAAUACAUCCGCAUUUCUAGUGACAGUGAACAACGUAUGGGGUGGCAGGCAUGUACGUUUUCAGCCCAAGAUGUUUUUCGUAAGGAGGAGCUCGACUGGAGAAUGGCUUAUUUAGCACGUUGUGAAGGAUCGGCCUACGCCGAGGUGGUCUGGAAAUUUGACUUGACUGGUAAUUGAGAUCUUUUUAUGCAGAUAAAAUACUUGUUAUUCCUUAUUCACACAUAGUCUAUUUAGUCUCUUUCAUCCACUGUCAAUGACAUCCUAUCCAACAUCUUGUCUUCACACUGUCACAUUUUAACAUUAAUGCCCACAUCCAUAGUAUUAUAUAUUUAUUAUUUUUCCCUCUCAGAUACAGACUUGAGAAUAAGCAAAAUGGAACUGAAAGCAGAGUCAGCUAUUUUUGAAAAUGGUGCCAUUAGCUGGCGUCUCUGUGCUGGAGACAAUUGCUUCAUGCAAAAUGGUACAGUGUUUAUUGAUUGUAUUAAUUACAGUGUUUACCAAAAUAAUAUAUUUCUAAAAUUUUACUAUAACAAAUCAAAGUUACAAACAAUUCUUGUAUUUCAUUCUUUUAAAAGAAGAUUACAAAACAUACUAUAAUUAUUUCUAAAAUUUUACUAUACGGUAACAAAUCAAAUUUGCAAAGUAUUCUAGUAUUUCAUUCUUUUAAAAGAAAACUACAAAAUAUACUAUAAUUAUUUCUACCCUUAGAAUACUGCAGUACUUUUUUUUCCUAUCGUACUAGGAGCAUCUUUAAAUACUUUGAUGACCUUUGACCUUCAUGGCUGUCAGACUCUGACUAUAACUGCUGUUUUACAAGGUGGAAGAGGAGAAAAUGCCUGGCAACAUGCUCAGCUUUUUAGGCAAUCAACCACUGAUAUAGAGAAUUGUCCAUUUGAGCUUAAGCUUUUCUUGAAUUGAAUUUUGCAGCCAUAUUUGAUUCUAGAGUGAUAAAAAGUGAUGCACUUUUAAGAUAUGUAAUAACAAAAUAAUUGUUAACAAAAUUGCAAAUUUCUUAUGUCAGAAAUUAUUGAGUUAAAUUAUGUUUAGUUUCCUUCCACUGUUACAGAUACCGGUAGUUUUCCUACAGCAUUUACCAAGCAACAUGAUUCUGAGAAGGAACAUUUAAUUUAAAUUAAUUGUAUUCAUUAAUUUGUGAGCCAUACCAGUACUCUGAUCAUAGCUAUUUUCUAUGCAAAAUAAUUAAGUUAGAUUAUCUAACUCAAGGUAACUUACCUUACAGUUCUUUUUAAAACUUAAUGUUUAUAAAAUGUGCAAUAUAAUAAAUAUUUUAAUGUUGAAUUUGAAUUAAAUAUUAAUAAUUUAUAAUAGCUAUCUAAAUAUAUAGUACUUAGUAGUAGGAUACAACAAUAACAAAGGUAAUAUAAUUAAUCUAUAAGAUAAUAUUAAAAUAUUUCUCUGAUUCAAAUUCAAAGGGUUUUUAUUUUCUAAGGAAGAUAGUAUCAGUUUUUAAGCUUAUAGAGAAAAGAACUUUUAGUGUAUAGAGAAAAAUGAAAAGUAUUAUGGCCAAGAUUUCAACAUUAUUAGAUGAUACCAUAAAGGGUAUAUCACACUUUUGAAAAUAUGUGGAUCAAUUCAUAAAAUACAUUGACCGAAGUGUGUAACUGUAAUCCUGAUGGUAUAAAGUCCAAUAAGUGUUUAGGCUAUGCAAGAGUAACCUAAUAAAAACUUGAAAUAUAACAACUUAAUUAGUAAAGCAUUAAAUUAAUAACCUUUUGUUGCGUUGCGAUAUGCUUAUUAGUUUACCCUUUUGCAUUAUGGAUUGAAAAUACCCCUGAAUUAUAUUGAUAUACACUAUUUUCCUGUUAGAUUAAUCACAAACUUUUCUGCGCUCAUUAAUUUCAUUAAAGGAGUGAAUUGUUGAGCAAAUGUUUCUGCGGUCAUUUGUUUUGAUUAAAGGCUGCAUAAAUUGUGAAACACAAUAUUUAAAAUGUCGAUUUAAAUGUUUUUUCUGAAAUUAAGUUAAUCCCUUUCUUUUCUGUUACUGGUCAAGUCAUGCUUGGUUUCUCUAUUUGCUUUCAUGAAAUAAAAUCAUGACUGACCACCCAAUAAUGCUCCCAACUUCUUGGUAUCAUUGUGAUAAGCUAUUUAUUCCUCUUACUCUUAUGCUUCAACCUGCUGUCAACAAAUCGCAUGCUAUGUCUAUUAUUACUUGUAACCAGGAUAUUUGUGAGUUGUUUAUGUAUGCGCUCAAGGAUUAUAAAUGGUCAAGGUACAUAAAAGAACCAUCCUGUUAAAGUGAACUGGACUCUUUUUUUACAUACCGGUAUAAGAAAACCAGGCUUAGGACUAUGACGGUGGGUAAGCCCUUAAAGAAAUCCAUGAAAGAACACCAGCUUGAACAACUAAAUAUUACUACAAUAUGGUGGUGAGAUUUUUAUUUGUUUGUAUUUAAAUUAUUUUAAUUUUCAGUUUAUUUACCAUCAAAAUAAUCAAAUUAUUCAAAUAAUAUUUUUAUGAGAAGAUGAAGGGCUAUUUGAAAAUGUCUUGUUAGUUUUAUAUGUACCGGUAUUUGCCAUUCUUGUAUUACACUUGUGUACAAUGCAGUAAUCAUAUGGCGAUUAAUGCAUUCAAUUUCAAUCGAUUAAAAUCUCUAUCACUUACUAA